UGUACAUACACACAGACACAUGUACAUGCAUACACAGACACAUGUACGUACAUACACACAAACACACAUACAUGUACAUACACACAAACACAUGUACAGAUAUGCACAUGCAUACACACACAAACACACACACACACUAAAAAGUUGCAGUACUUCGUUGUUCACUCACAGAGCCGGAUACUGCACUCUAGGGGGAGGCAGAGAGCACAGCACACACUCCUUCCUUUACUUUCACUGCGCUCAGCUAUUGAGCAGUCUGACGGCUCCCAGUGCCAAUGACAGAUCCGGCCUCAGCUCCGAGCCUGCUCAGCAAGACAGCCCUGGGGGACACACUCGCCCCCACCAUAAUUUCCACUCGCCAUUGUCGAGCAGGCGAGUGGAAAUUUCAAGGCCUGUAUAU